UUGUAGGGGAAAAGCCUGUUUUGUUAGAAAUGGAUGUUGAGGAACUUUUAGCUUAUCAGCCUGAUAAACCAAGUACAAAGAGGAAGAAUGCUGACCGAGAGAAAGAACACGGUGGUAGCGCUAAACACAGGCGGAGGUGGGACAAAACCGAGGAGCCCUCCGUUGACCUGACACAGGAGGACAAGGACAAAAUCCUACAGAUGGUGGAGGAAGAACCUGAGACUGACACUCUUGAUGAGACAAAUAUGAAGAAAUUAUUGCUGCAGUUUGAAAAGAAAGUGUAUAAAAAUCAAGAAAUGAGAAUCAAGUUUCCAGAUCAUCCCGAGAAAUUCAUGGAAUCCGAGGUGGAGGUGAAUGAUGUAAUAAGUUCCAUGCACGUGAUUGCCACGGUGCCCGAGCUGUACCACGUACUGGUGGACCUCAACACUGUACACUCGCUGUUGCAGCUACUCACUCACGAAAACACAGAUAUAUCGAUUGCAGUGGUUGAUCUCAUACAGGAGUUGACGGAUGUUGACACACUCAACGAAAGUGAAGAGGGAGCAACAGCACUCAUUGAUGGAUUGCUUGAGGGUCAAGUUGUCGCCAUUCUCAUGUCAAAUAUAGAAAGACUUGAUGAAUCAAUAAAAGAAGAAGCAGAUGGUGUACACAAUACUUUAGCAAUCAUAGAGAAUAUUUUAGAGUUCCGCCCAGAAGUUGCAGCUGAAAUAGCUCAGCAGGCUCUCCUAGCUUGGCUCUUCAAAAGAAUUAAGGCCAAGAUGCCCUUUGAUGCGAACAAACUGUACUCUAGUGAAAUCCUAGGAAUCCUUUUACAGAAUUCAGAUGAAAACCGACAGCUGUUAGGAGAACAAGAUGGAAUAGAUGUUUUGCUACAACAGUUGGCUGCCUACAAGCGCCAUGAUCCGAGCGGAAAAGAUGAGGUUGAGUACAUGGAGAAUCUGUUUAACGCACUCUGCUCCGCCCUCAUGUUCUCCACCAACAGAAACAAGUUUCUCAGGGGAGAAGGUCUGCAGCUGAUGAAUUUGAUGUUAAGAGAAAAGAAGUUGUCCCGAAACAGUGCAAUAAAGGUGUUGAACCAUGCCAUGCUUGGUCCAGAAGGGGCAGACAACUGUCAGAAGUUUAUCGACAUCCUCGGUUUGAGGACAGUCUUCCCACUGUUUAUGAAGACACCCAAACAUGCCAAGGCAGGACCAGCACCUGAUGAACUGGAAGAACACACAUGUUCCAUUGUUGCUUCAAUGCUGAGGAAUUGUACAGGACAGCAAAGAACAAGACUGUUGAAUAAAUUCACAGAAAACGAUCACGAAAAGGUGGAAAGAUUACUGGAGCUUCACUUCAAAUACCUGGACAAAGUUCGGCAGUGCGACGAUGAGAUUGAGAAAGAUAAAAAUAGAAUGCGCCAGUCCGGUCAGACUAUCGAUGAAGAAAUGGAGGAUGAGUUCUACCUCAAGCGACUCGACCUCGGUCUGUUCACGCUGCAACUCAUCGACUACGUCAUGCUGGAGAUCUGCACAUCGGGGGCGCCGUCUCUGCGACAGAGAGUAAUGCAGAUUUUAAACAUGAGGGGAGGCUCAAUCAAGGCCAUAAGAAAUAUCAUGAGAGAAUACGCUGGUAACAUUGGUGAUGCAAAAGACCCCGAAUCACGAGAAGCCGAACAGAACAGAAUAAUACAGCUAGUGGACAAGUUCUAGAGACAACAAACUGUGCUGCUGUGUUUUUAAUUCAGGUUCAUCAAGAAUGCAACCACCGAUGCAGGUGUAACAACAUUGCCAGUUACAGUGACAUAUUGGUGGUCCUCGUGCAGUUCUUAUUAAGCCAACAUAAAUCUAUGUCGUGAUGCUCAAAAAACAAAGAAGAAACAAGACUCAUUGUUGUUCACUGUGAACAUGUCAACGUAAAGAUCAGUCUCUAUUAUCAAUUCAGAGAUAAGAAAAGAAGAAAAAUUGUGAGCCGUUUGUAUUAGCAACCUUUUAGAUACCAGUAUUUUAUAUAAGAACAUAGGUUGUGUACCAUCUGUAUAUAUUUUAAGAAUCAUAUGUUAAACAUUAUUACUUCCAUGAUGUUCGGUAAACUUUUCAAAUUUUCAGGUUUGACUGUCAAGUGCCAUUAAUUUCAUGCUAUUCCGUUCAUGACAAGAAAAUGUAAAUAACAGCUGCAUGGUUUACAUAACUGGUAGAACAUCUCUGCGAUAGUAAUGCAUUAUGCAGACUAAUAUACCGUUAUGUAGAAUAAUAUUAAGUGGAUGAACCAGGAGCCAAGUUUACAAAACAUCGUUAAGUUUAUAUCUGCGACUUAAGGAUGUACCGGUCAUACAUCUGCAUGUGUUUGGCAUAUCUUUCACGCAUAACAUUACAUCAUUACGGAAGCUGGAGUAUUUGUAGGACAAAAGGAAAUCAAAUAUGUGUGUUGAACUAUAAUAGUAAUAAGAAUUGUGGUUUAAUCGUAGAUUUUUGUUUACGUGCAAAACUAGGCUUUACAAUGUUUUGUGAAAUCAGGCCCAGAUGCCAUCAAAAAUGGUUUGAUUUCUUACCUCAAAUGAAGUCUUUUUCAUUCAAAUUAAUAUUGAAAGUGAAUGAGUUAGGUUGUAGUUGUCAUUUGGUUUCAAGUGUACAAUUCACAUACUUGUAGUUGAAAAAUGCAAGACAUUUCAUGGACAAUGUUUGUUCAACUUCAUGUCAAGGAUUAUCCUGUAUACACACUAAGAACGACUGUGUAAAAACUAUCCUGUAAAUAAACUGUUGAAAACUA